CCGCGAGAGAAAGAAAAAAAAGAGAGUGUAGCCAAGAGUUUCUCACAGCCGUUCGUUGAUUAUCCAGCAACACGAGUCUUGAAAAUCAACUCCCUCCAAAAAUGGUGUUCUCCCUCCAUCACCUGCAACUCUUCCAUUCGCCCACCAGAUUUAGCUCUCAACCAAAAUCAACAACUAACCACCCUCUAAUCUCCCUCAAAUUACCAACAAGACUAUCUAAUAAUCCACUUGCCUUUGCUCAAAACGCCGCCACAAGCCACAUCGACAGUGAGAAAGCAGCCUUAUUGCCUCCGCCACUGAGGAAAGAAUUAAUGCCGAACCAUGUUGCGGUGAUAAUGGAUGGGAAUAGAAGGUGGGCUAAAAUGAAAGGGUUGCCUAUUGCCUUAGGUUACGAAGCGGGUGUUCGAGCACUUAAGAAUCUUGUUCAGCUGUGUUGCGAUUGGAGAAUUAGUGUUCUUACUGUCUUUGCUUUUUCCUCCCAAAAUUGGUUCCGUCCAAAGAUGGAAGUUGAUUUUUUGAUGGGCUUGUUCGAAAGAGGGCUAAAAAAUGAACUUGAAGAUUUUGUGAGAGCAGGGAUUCGGAUGUCUAUAAUUGGAGACUCCAGUAAGCUCCCCAAGUCAUUACAGGACUUAAUAGAUAAGGCUGUAAAGACUACUAAGGAAAAUUCACGGCUUCACCUCGUAGUUGCAGUCAACUACAGUGGACAGUAUGAUGUUGUACAAGCUUGUCAAAACAUUGCUCAAAAAGUGAAGGAUGGCAUUAUCGAACCCAAAGACGUAGAUGGUUUCCUAGUAGAGCAGGAGUUACAAACAAACUGUACUGGUUUUCCGUGUCCUGAUUUACUUAUAAGGACUAGUGGGGAGCAGAGACUUAGCAAUUUCUUACUCUGGCAAUUGGCCUACACUGAACUGUUCUUUUCACAUUCACAUUGGCCUGACUUUGGAGAAACUGAAUUUUUGGAGGCUUUAUGUUCCUUCCAGCAAAGGCAGAGGCGCUAUGGUGCACAGAGUUCCUAGCUUAUGCCAUGUACUUUUAGAGUAACUCUGAGGCUGAACAAACAUCAUUGAAUAUCUGUGAUUCUGAAGGCAAGUUCUUGCAAGAAAGAAUUUUCGGGUAUUUAAGAGAAGCCAAUACUUUUGAAAAGUCUACUUCUUAUAAUCAUUCGGCACCUGAAUCGAAAUGAUGUUGGGAUUUUACUAUAGGCCCAAAAGAAUACUCAACUUCUUUCAUGUCUAUAAGCUGAGGACAGUAGUCAAAGAAAACCUUUUAUGGCCUGGAUUUCGGAGAGUAGUCAAAGAAGACCUUUUGUGGUCUGGAUUUUUCUCGUCCACUGGAUUACACAUCUCUCAUGGCCCCGCAAAUGGACAACUGUAAGACGUUUCAUCUAAUUGCCAAUUACAGUCUAUCUUGUCUCCAAACUAGUAAAUGAGGCAGUACGACUAGGGUCAUAAGUAUGGUAUCUCUGCCACCUGAUCGAGGAGCAUCCCGGAUGGUCAUAAAUAACUGGUAUAGACUGGACAUGAGGGACAAUAAGCUACUUCAAACUUAUCUCUACCACCUGAUCGAGGACCAUCUGGCAUGUAUUCCUCUAUACUAUUGUGAUUAUGCAUGCUAGCUUUGAGCUGAAGGUCUAUCGGAAACAGCCUUUCUACCUGCUUAAAGGUAGGGGUGAGGCUGCGUACGCACUAUCCUCCCCAGACCCCACUUAUGGGACUACACUGGGUACGUUGUUGUUGUUGUUUGCUUAUGUCUUGUCCCCUGUUACAGUUCCUCAACUUACUGAAAAUGCAAUUACUUAAUACCACUAUGAUGCAUUUGAUGCCAUAGUUUGAGCAAGUGAUACAUGUAAUGUAGCAUUCAGUUUAAAGAUAAUUGAGUGGUUGGAGAGCGGAUCUUUUGCUAUGUGGAUAACACCUUGAACAACAGGUAUAUAGUCUAUAGACUCAGCCCCACACUAUCUUUUUCCUUUUUUCAAAUAGAGAAUACAUUUUGUGCAACAAACUGUAUGCUGAAGGAAGAAAUAUUGAGCCUUGAAGUUUUUAGAAUG